GCUGUAUUUCUUACUUCAACUGUAUCUGUUACACCAGGUGUAUUUGUCACCACAGCUGUAUUUCUUACUUCAGCUGUAGCUGUUACAUUAGGUGUAUUUGUUACUUCAACCGUAGCUGUUACAUCAGAUGUAUUUGUUACUUUAACUGUAGCUGUUACAUGAGGUGUAUUUGUUACUUCAGCUGUAGCUGUUUCAUCAGGUGUAUUUAUUACCACAGCUGUAUUUGUUACUUCAGCUGUAGCUGUUACAUCAGGUGUACUUGCUACCCCAGCUGUAUUUGUUACAUCAGCUGUAUUUGUUACAUAAGGUGUAUUUGUUGCCGAAGUUGGAUUUAUUUCCUUAAAUAUAUCUGUAGCUGUUACUUCAGCUGUAUCUGUAAUUGCAGCUGUGUUUGUUACUUCAGCUGCAGUUUCUACAUUUGCUGUAGUUGUAGCAUCACUUGUAGCAGUUAUCUCAGUUGUUGUUGCUUUCACUGUAGUUGUUUUAAAAGUAGUUGUAUCAGUAGUUGUGUCAACAGUAGUUGUUACCUCACUUGUUGUUGGGAUAAUAGGACAUGCAAUUUGUUCUGCCGCUGGAAUCAAGGUUUUCUCAUUCUUUUUAAAUUAGUUUAUAUGUUUCAAAGGUAUUUAGAUUUCAGGCAAAGUAUGUUACUUUGGCAAUAAUGCUA